CCCCCCCCCCCCCCCCCAAAAAAAGAGCUGAAACAGUACAAAUAUUACUAAUAAAAACUUCAUCAUCUCAGAUCUAAAGUUAAUCGCCAUUUAGCUAUGGCGAAAAUUACAGCUUUUUUUCUUCUUCUAUGUAUCAUCUUUUUUUCGUCGUGUUACAAUACUUUCGCUCUCUAUGAAGAUCAAGUUGGACUCAUGGACUGGCACCAACAGUAUAUUGGAAAAGUGAAGAAGGCAGUGUUCCAAACACAGAAGGCUGGUAGGAAGCGUGUUGUGGUAUCUACUGAAGAGAACGCGAUCGCCGCUCUCGAUCUUCGUCACGGCGAGAUCUUUUGGAGGCUGAUUUUGGGAGUCAAUGAUGCCAUUGAUGAAAUCGAUAUCGCCCUGGGAAAAUACGUUGUCACCCUAUCAUCAGGAGGAAGUGUCUUAAGAGCUUGGAACCUUCCUGAUGGACAGAUGAUAUGGGAGUCAUUUCUUCUUGGAUCAAAGCCUUCAAGAUCAUUGUUGUUGACUCCAACAAAUUUCGGAGCUAACAAGGACAAUGUGAUUCUGGUAUAUAGCAAUGGUUGCCUGCAUGCUGUUUCAAGCAUUGACGGUGACAUCCUCUGGAAGAAGGAUCUAGCACAGAAUGGCAUGGACGUUCAACAUUUGGUUCAUCCUGAAGAAAGCGACACAAUAUACACUUUAGGAAUUGGUGAUACCCAGUUUGAAGCAUAUGUAAUCAGUGUUAGAAAUGGUGAAGUGCUGAAGCACAGUAACAUGGAAUUUCCUGGUGGAUUUUCUGGUGAUCUGUUAUUACCUACCAGUGACAAAGCAGUCGUGCUUGAUUCAUCUGGAUCAACUUUAGUCUCUAUAAGCUUUGUUGGCGGAGAAAUUAAAUUUCAAAAGUUCCAGAUUUCUGAUCUUCAGGGUUACUCAGGAGUAGCAGUAUUAUUACCUUCCAAACUUGCAGGAAUGGUUGCUGUAAAAAUCGAUAGAUCUUUGUUGUUUGCUAAAGUGAAAGCUGAAGGCACACUGGAGGUAGUUGACACAGUUCCUGGUGUUGAAGCUGUAAGCGAUUCUUUGACUUUUGCUGAUGGCCAAACCGCUUUUGGACUAAUUCAGCAAGAUGGCGGUAAAAUUCAACUUACUGUUAAGUCUAGUGAUGAUUGGAAGAGCCAUUUUCUCAAGGAAAGUAUUGAAGUAGACCAACAAAGGGGACUUGUGCACAAGAUCUUCAUCAACAACUAUGUUCGAACAGACCGAACUUAUGGAUUUAGGGCAUUGAUUGUCAUGGAAGACCAUUCACUAUUGUUGUUACAACAAGGUGCCGUUGUCUGGAAUAGAGAAGAUGCACUUGCAUCUAUUAUAGAUGUAACAACCUCGGAGUUGCCCGUACAAAAGGAUGGCGUCUCUGUUGCAAAAGUGGAGCACAACCUCUUUGAGUGGCUUAAGGGACAUCUGCUGAAACUAAAAGCGACUUUAAUGAUUGCAACUCCCGAUGAUUUAGCAGCCGUUCUGCAAAUAAGGUUACAAAGUGCUGAGAAAAGCAAGAUGACCCGAGACCACAAUGGAUUUAGGAAGCUACUCAUUGUACUUACACGAGCAGGGAAACUGUUUGCACUUCACACGGGAGAUGGUCGAAUUGUUUGGUCUCGACUACUGACUACUUUCCGUAAAUCAGGAACUUGUGAAAGUCCAAGGGGGCUCAAGUUAUAUCAGUGGCAGGUGCCCCAUCAUCAUGCAUUAGAUGAGAACCCAUCAGUCCUUGUAGUUGGUACAUGCGGGCAUAAUUCAGAUGCAUCUGGUAUUCUCUCCUUUGUUGAUGCAUACAAAGGAGAGGAACUUAAUUACUUAGCACCUACUCGUUCCAUUGCACUAGUUAUUCCUCUGCCGUUUACUGAUUCAACUGAGCAGCGUCUACAUCUAAUAAUAGAUGCUGAGGGGUAUGGCCAUCUGUACCCUAGAACUCCUGAGGCAGUUGACAUUUUUCAAAAGGAGUUGGGAAACAUAUAUUGGUAUUCAGUUGAUAUAAACAAUAAUCUCCUAAAGGGGCAUGUGGUGAAGAAAAAUUGCAAAGAGGAGAUAGCUGAUGACGGCUACUGCUUUGAAUCGAGUGACCUUUGGUCUGUUGUAUUCCCCUCAGAUUCAGAGAAGAUCAUUGCGACUUCAACCAGAAUAUUAAGUGAGGUUGUUCAUACACAAGCUAAAGUUAACGCUGACCAGGAUGUAUUGUAUAAAUAUAUAUCUAAGAAUGUGUUGUUUCUGGCCACUGUUACUCCUAAAGCAAUGGGUAACAUUGGAUCAGUGACCCCUGAUGAUUCCUGGCUUUAUGUUUAUCUUGUUGACACAAUAACUGGCCGAGUGCUGCUACGUAUGUCUCAUCAUGGCUGUCAGGGCCCUGUACAUGCAGUAUUUAGCGAAAAUUGGGUUGUCUAUCACUACUUCAACCUCCGUGCACACAGAUAUGAGAUGUCUGUUGUUGAGAUCUACGAUCAGUCUCGCGCGGACAACAAAGAUGUCCUGAAACUUGUUCUGGGAAAGCAUAAUCUUAGUGCACCUGUCUCUUCCUACGCGCGUCCUGAAGUCAUGACCAAGUCUCAAUCUUACUUUUUCUCACAUAGCGUGAAAGCAGUAGCAGUUACCUCAACAGCAAAAGGCAUCACUUCCAAACAGCUGCUUAUUGGCACAAUUGGUGAUCAGGUUUUGGCACUUGACAAGCGUUUUCUUGAUCCUCGUCGAACAUUGAAUCCUACUCAAGCUGAAAAGGAGGAAGGGAUUAUACCUCUUACUGAUACACUGCCAAUCAUGCCACAGGCUUACGUUACACAUGCCCUCAAAGUGGAAGGUCUUAGAAGCAUAAUAACUAUACCAGCAAAGCUGGAGUCAACCACUCUCGUCUUUGCUCAUGGAGUUGAUCUCUUUUUCACUCGCCUCGCCCCUUCAAAGACAUACGACUCUCUCACCGAUGAUUUCAAUUAUGCGUUGCUCCUCCUUACCAUAGUCGCCCUAGUUAUAGCCAUUUUUGUAACGUGGAUUUGGUCCGAGAAGAAAGAGUUACAAGAGAAGUGGAGAUGAGCUUGUUCAACCAACAAUUUGAAACGCGAAUCUUUGGCAGUUACCCUUUGAUCAUUGUAUUGUUUUGGCACUUUAAUUUAUCUUCUCAGUCUAGGAAGUUAGGACUUUAGCUGUAUUUUUAGUAAUUUUGUAAAAUUUUCCCUCUUUUCAGUUUUUUUCUGUAGGGAAGAAAAUUUGUUAAUUGAUAUUUCAUUUUGGUGGUGGCACCAGGCAUCAGAUACAAAUAUUCACACAUAAUUAAGUUGUCAACAGUACCAAAUUUUGAUAUUACAAUAAUGUAACUUGUACCAUUGUGGGCUUCCCAUAA